AUGUGCCAUGAAAGAUUGGAGAAUGCACCACGGCUGCGAGAGAACAAGAUUCCAAUACGCCACUGUAUUCUACCCACAAGUAGGUUAUCGAUGGACUACAGCAACAUCACAAGAGAAAUGGUGUACCUUUGCAUCGGAGAGGACUUGGAGCUUCUAGAUAGCUCAGAGCUCUAUUGCACAUUCUUCAAGGGGAUUAAAUACUUUAUAGCUGGGACAGAAAAAGUCAUUCGUGGAGAUUCCCAGAUAUUCUGUUCUUGCAAUGAGCGGUACUGCUGGCACAUUUUUAAAGUAGUUCUGGAUGAAGACAGGGCCAUUAUAAAGUGA